AUGUCAUACCCCCAGCAACAUCAAGCGCAGAGGCCACCACCUUUGCGACAAUACGAUAAUCCCCCUCCACGUUCCGUAACGUCGCCAGGAGGAUAUUCGCAUGAUGGCUCACACGGAGGAUACAGCGACAGUAGCAUGAGUAGCCAUAACUACCAGCAGGCCGAUCUGGGCUACGACGAUGCAGCAUACAGUCACCAGUCCAGCUCCUCUAGUUCACAGCCAUAUCCUGCUACACAAUCCCAGCCGCGCUCGAUGCGACCACCGGGCCCACCAGGACCGGGAAACGGACGACCUCCAGGCCCUGGACACGAUGACCGGCGAGGCUAUCCUCCUGCCGGAAGACCGCCGCCACAAUCGCGAUCAAGAACACCUGGUGCACGCCCACCUCCAGGCGGUACCUUCGACAAUCCUUUUCCCUCCUUCCCUAAUCGAGAUCCAAGAGAUGCGAGGACGCCUAGAGACCCCAGAGACCCUAGAGACACACGAGGCCCUAGAGAUCCGAGGGAUCGGCGCGGUCCGCUACCGAGAGGGCUAGAGAACGAUAUGGCUGCAAUGGAUAUUAAUGGCAGGGGAGGCCCGCCCAGACCGCAGACUUCAAAUUCCAACGGAAGACGGCCAGAUAUGCGACCGCCUCCACGCGGGCCUCCCGGUCGGGGUCGAGGUGGCUAUCCAAUGGGUCCAGUGCGAGCCGCUAGCUCAGGAAGACCAGAUCGACCUGAUAGAGACUAUCCAGACCCCAUGGGCCUAUCUAUGCCUCCUCCGCCAACAAGAAGUGCAACGAUGCCACCCGCCCAAGGCGCACCACUCUACCCAGGCCAAUCGACCUACCAAGAAACAGAUUAUCCAGCGAGCCCCGUAGAUGGACCUCCCAUGCGUCCUAAUACAGCAGAAAGCAUGCGAUCCCCACGAUCUCGUGCCCCCAACGAUAUAGACCCAAGCCUAAUGAUCCCAGCCACUCAGUUGCGGAUCCCUCCCGAACCUGCCAAUCGUGUUUCAUAUGCACCCAAGGAAUUUCUGGACAGUUAUUAUGAGCCCGGUGGUGCCGAUGAGCCCGAUAUGCCUAAUUUCGAUGCCAUGCCAGACCCUCAGCAGCAUGCUCCGAUUGAUGAGAUGGGCCUAGAAAUAACACCGAUCAAGAGACCAGGCUAUGGUCCGACUCCUUCUCCCGGAGACUACUCGUAUCCCCCCAACGGGGUGGAGGAUAUGCGCUCCCAUUCUGAACCAAACUUCCAACAAGCAGAAAGUGCCAAUCAGUUUCAAAAUGCGGGAUUCCAGUUUGGCAUUCCUGGAGAAGCUUCCCUUGCCCCCGCUUUCGAUCACCCAGGCCCCGCUGGAUAUGUGUCGAAUGGUUACGAAGAUUAUGCUGGUUACUCACAUGGUCCUUCCCCGGCCCAGACCCACCAGCCAGGCAAUUCCCACGAUCAGGGCGAGAUGCCAGAACCUCACCAUAAUACCGAUGCUCUUCCUCGCCAUAAUUCUGAUGCUCUUCCUCACCACCCAGCCCCGUUCCGCCCAGGCCAUGAUCAAGCGUCAAAACCUGCGCCGGUUCGGCAGUACAGCGCCCCUGAAUCCAUCCCAGCCCCCGCUGCUCCACAGCCAAUGACGGCGCCUAGUGGAACAGCUCAGACGCCUGUCACGAUUGAAGAGAUACAGCGGCUGCAACAGCGGGCGCGAGGCAAUCCUUCUGACCAGAAGACUCAACUUCUACUCGCUAAAAAGCUGGUCGAAGCAUCCACAGUUUUAAUAGGGGACAACAGUAGACUUGACCCGAAAAGCAAAGCCAAGGCCAAGGAGAAGUACGUACUGGAUGCGCAUAAGAUUGUCAAAAAGCUUGUUGCAGCUGGGUACUCUGAAGCCCAAUUUUUCCUGGCCGACUGCCACGGUGAGGGCCUACUGGGACUGGAAGUCGACCCCAAAGAAGCUUUCGCACUAUAUCACUCCGCUGCGAAGCAAGGACAUGCACAGUCUGCAUACCGCGUGGCUGUAUGCUGUGAGAUCGGCCAGGAAGAAGGUGGCGGUACCAAACGUGAUCCAUUCAAGGCUGUUCAAUGGUACAAGCGUGCAGCAGCGCUCGGUGAUACACCCGCCAUGUACAAGAUGGGAAUGAUUAAUCUCAAGGGAUUGCUGGGUCAAGCUCGGAACCCCAGGGAGGGUGUAUCAUGGCUCAAGCGGGCAGCUGACCGUGCGGACGAGGAAAACCCACACGCUCUCCACGAGCUUGCCCUCAUGUAUGAGAACGCUGGCAGCAAUGACAUCAUCGUCCGUGACGAGCAGUAUGCAUCCCAAUUAUUCCAUCAAGCUGCCGAACUGGGCUACAAGUUCUCUCAAUUCAGACUUGGUACUGCCUACGAGUAUGGCCUGAUGGGAUGUCCCAUUGAUAACCGCAUGAGUAUCAUUUGGUAUACUCGUGCUGCUGCCCAGGGUGAACACCAGAGUGAACUCGCCCUUAGUGGCUGGUAUCUCACCGGAUCAGAGGGCAUCCUAUCGCAGAACGACACUGAGGCCUAUCUGUGGGCUCGUAAGGCCGCCACUGCAGGUCUUGCCAAGGCAGAAUAUGCCAUGGGUUAUUUCACCGAGGUUGGAAUCGGCGCUGCUGCUAACUUGGAUGACGCAAAGCGAUGGUACUGGCGCGCAGCUGCCCAAGGAUUUCCCAAGGCUCGUGAACGUCUUGAGGACCUCAAGAAGGGCGGAAGCCGAAUGCAAAAGACUCGUCUUUCACGCUCUGCCGUUAAUAAGCAGAGUGAUGGAGACUGCGUUCUCAUGUAA